GUGGUGAUGGCUCAGAAAGUGAUAGUUUCGAAUUACAGACGCAGAAGCAAAAUUUUUAUAGAGGUUACCAAGCUACUACAAAACGUGGCAUAGGUAAAGGUAAAUUAACCGAAAGAUUAUUGGCAGAAGGACUUUUAACGCCUCAAAUGUUACGCGAAUUACAAUCUGAAUGGAUCAAAUCGACGAAAAAGAAAAGAUAAUGAAAUUUUGUAUGUAUAGUAGAAAUAUAAUAAAAAUCAGAAAAAUUAUA